CAGAAAGACUUCCUGCUUGAACUUCAUGCUGCGGUCUUCACUUUCACUUUCACACCUCCUACAAUCCAUACUGAAAAUAUCGCACGCUGCUAAGCAAGCUCCGUUUGUUCGCCAUGUCUGUCGAAAUCGAACGGCCGCUGCCGGUCGUCACAACAGCGCAUCUCCUUUACACACCCACAGUCAGCCUCCAGUCGCCGCCAUGAACAACAACUUCAACCCUUGGGCGCAGCCAUUCACGCCAAACUAUGGCUACCCCGGGCAGCCCUACGAACAGAACCGCGAGCGCAACCGCAGUCAAUGGCAAACGCCUACGCAAGGCUACAUGUCACCUGUGUCGGUAGCAAGUGCGCCAUGGAACGCAAACUACGGGCAGCCGCAGCAGUACUACUCGAAUGGCGGGCCGAUGUACAACGACGCCGCCGCGCAACAACAGGCGCAAGCACAAGGCUACUAUUAUCAGCGGGCGCAGUACUAUGGCUACACUCAAGAAUUCACGCCGAUAAACGCCCUACAACAGGCUCUCGGGCAGACACCUCAGCGAAAUUAUCCCUUUUUCGGGCCAUCUUUCGCGGCCAUGCAGUCCCAGUCAGGCGUACAGGGUAUUUCCAACGAUGACCUACAGGCGUCAACUCCACUUUCUGACGACGGGCCCAUUCAGGUAGUCACAGAUGGUCUAGCCAACAUGAAAGAAGAGCCAACAGUGUAUCCAACCACCAAGCCAACCGGAAGAAGCAGGGAUCCAAAAAUCAUGCUGCCUGCACCAGCGCCUACUGAAGCGUACAUGGCACAAGCGGCGGAAGAACCUUCUACAGUCGAGCUGUCCGGUCGUAUACUCGUCAUCCUCGAUCUCAACGGCACUCUCCUCUACCGGCCUAACAGGAACAAGAAAACGAUGAUUGCGCGGCCAUUCCUCAUCCCGUUUUUGCGAUACCUGUUUUCGAACUUUGCUGUCAUGGUGUGGUCUAGCGCUCGCCCCGAGAAUGUGGCUUCGCUCGUAGAGCAAUCUUUGGAAGGGGACUUGAGGAAGGCUUUAGUGGCUCAGUGGGGUCGCGACGUCUUCAACCUAAAGCCAGAGCAUUACAGCGCGAACGUACAGGUGUACAAGAACCUCGACCUGGUAUGGAGCAAGGACGAGAUUCAGAAGCAACACCCCGACUAUGAGAAUGGAGGCCGUUUCGGGCAACACAACACGGUCCUCAUCGACGACUCGAUGCUCAAGGCAGCCGCGCAGCCGCACAAUCUACUCCAGAUUAGCGAGUUCAACGCCGCACCACAGCAGAUGCGGGAGGACAAAUUACACGAAGUUGCUGGGUAUCUCGAGGCUCUGCGUACACAGCGAGAUGUUUCCAAGUUCAUGAGGAAGGAGCCGUUCCAAAACGAUGGUGGCAAAUGGGUGUAUGAGUGGCCAGAGAAGGACGCGACUACCCAAGGUACUGCCUACCAGGGUGGCCAGCUGCAAGGCAAGGUGUCGAUGCAGAGCCCGUCAAAAAAGAAGGUCAAGCAGAACAAGAAGGCAAAGAAGCGCGAGGCAGCUGAGAGGGCUGCGAAGGCCAAAAAGAACGGAGGGGCCGAGCAGGCUGAUGAGAGCGAGAGUAGCGGAGAAGACGAAAGGAGUGAUGAAGUUGGGAGGAGCGACGGGGGCGUGAAGCGGUUCUGAUUAUGUCGCCAGCUUUGUGUUCUUGUAUACGUACAUCUUGGUGUGCAUGUCACAGUUGUAUGUGACAACAGCCUAAUCCAGUUGGCACCUCAAGCAGCGAACUAGACGAUUGAAAGGACCCUUCUGCGAAUAAGAAUUGCAGAAGUGCGGAGGACUUAGAUACCCAAUGACAAACAAGUUGAGCG